GUUCUCCAAGAGACAAUAACCUGUGAUACAUCUGAGAGUGUGAGAGUGUGUGUGUGAGUGUGUACCAUGGACGUUCUUAUGCCCUCCAUGCUGGGGGACGAUCCACACCUCAUGGCUGAGCCAAAUAUCCAAAUCUUCGAGCAGCCCAAGCAGAGGGGGAUGCGCUUCAGGUACAAGUGUGAGGGUCGCUCUGCUGGCAGCAUCCCCGGUGAGAAGAGCUCUGACAACAACAGGACCUACCCAAGUCUGCAGAUCCUGAAUUACUGCGGCAAGGGGAAGGUUCGUGUUUUUUUGGUGACAAAGAACGAGCCUUACCGGCCGCAUCCGCACGACCUGGUGGGGAAAGACUGUAAAGACGGAUUCUAUGAGGCGGAGUUUGGCCCGGACCGCAGAGUGAUCGCAUUCCAGAAUCUGGGGAUCCAGUGCGUGAGGAGGAGGGAGGUGAAGGAUGCGAUCCUACAGAGAGUGGGCAGAAAAAUCAAUCCCUUCAACGUGCCACAAGAGCAGCUGCUGCAGACAGAAGAAUACGACUUGAACGUGGUCCGCCUGUGUAUUCAGGUCUCCCUUCAAGACGACUCAGGCCACUACACCCGAGCGCUCAACCCUAUUGUCACCAACCCCAUCUACGACAACAGGGCCCCAAACACAGCAGAACUGAGGAUCUGUCGGGUCAACAGGAACAGUGGUUGUGUAAAGGGAGGGGAUGAGAUCUUCUUGCUGUGUGACAAAGUGCAGAAAGAUGACAUUGAGGUCAGAUUCUUCUCCAACGAUGGCUGGGAGGCCAAAGGCUCCUUCUCCCAAGCUGAUGUUCAUCGCCAAGUGGCCAUUGUCUUCAAGACUCCUCCCUUCUAUAACACCUCAAUAACAGACUCUUUUACUGUGCACAUGCAAUUGCGCCGACCAUCUGAUCAGGAAGUCAGUGAACCACUGGAUUUCAGAUAUCUGCCCGACGAUAAAGAUCCUUAUGGCAAUAAUGAGAAAAAGCGAAGAAGAUCAAACUUGAUGAAGAUGUCAGCUAGCCAUUUUGCUGGUUUGCCAAUGAACAGGCCAAAGGCGGUGGCACACAGUACCAUGAAUCACAUGCAGAAAGACCUCAGCAAUAUGUACCUAAGGCAACAACCUUUGAUGCAACAACAACCUCCUGUAUUCAGCCAAUCCUACCAACCAAACCCCCAAGGUGUAAUGAUGGCAUCACAGGCUCCUAGUGUGUCAGUCAACCAUACAUGGGCAAAUUCCAACCCAGGACUCUCAAUGGAUACGGUCACCAUCAACCCUUCUGGUGCCGUGAGCAAUUUGCAACGUCUUAAUAGCAGUAGGCAACAGCAGCCAACAUCAGGUUCUGGUUACAACCCCUGUGAGGGUAACGUCCUCCCUCAGCUCUCCAUGAGGGACUUGCAGUGCUUGGACACAGUCCCCCAGGGCCAGUCAGAGUCUCAGCACCAUUUCCACAUGCAGCAGCAAAGAGAAGAGCUCAUCUCUGACACCCGAGUCCAGAACCACCUAGGAAGUCAGAACCAGGGUCUCCAAACUAUGUGGUCCAAUUACGGCACCUCCAAUCCAGUUCAGAACACCUUCAAUGGGUCUGGAGGAGGAGGAGGAGGAGGAGGAGGAGGAGGAGGAGGAUCACAGGGACUGGGCUCCUCCUUUCCCUUUCUAGAGGGAAUGGAGGGGCAUGAAAUUCUAAAGAACCUGGUGGGAGGUAUUCCUCAGACUGGCUUCCAGCUGAAGCAAGAGCCCCAGAUCACAGUGGGGCAGGAGUCUCACGCUUCCCUCAUGCAGUCCCCGAGAGAAAGCCAAGGAAACACGUACAUCAACUUGCUUCCUCGUACUAUGAGCAACGGCAUCAACAUGGAUGGUAGUGGAAACAACCAGUCUCUUAAAAAUCUUCAGAAUCCAUACUCACACAAUGGCAUGGGCCCCGAUGGCCACUAUGCAACUUUGACGGACUGGCUCAAAGCAGAUCGACACAGUGAAUACAAGGAAUGACAUUGUUGGCAUCAAGAAAUAAACAGAAGCAGUGCCAAGGAUUACAUUGGUCUUGUUAAGGCAAUACAUUUUAGCCCACUUGUUAAGGCUUUGUGGACAUUUGCUUGGUUUAGUAAAUUCCUGCCAAAGUUACUUGCAGCCAAUUGGACCCACAAGCAGAGAACCAUCUAGUUUCUAGGUGGUAAAACUGAUUACUCCCUCUUUUGUAAAGGUAUCACCAAGAAUACUUCCUACCUUUGAUUGGGCAAAGUUGGCACUUGGUAGGCUGUGUUUUUAUUGAUCUUUGCUACCAAUUAUUAAUCUGGAAAGACACCUUUCUCCAAGAAAUGUGGUUUCUUGGUAAAUAGGAGACAACAAAUAGAACGUGCAGUUUCACAAUGUUGUUUCAUUUCAUAUCAAGGAUGCCUUGUUUGUGAUCCUAAUUCACGAUUACAACUCAAUUCUGUACAAGUUCCACCUCAACUUUUUACCAUCUCAGCUGUUGGGCUGUUUCAAGAGGUAGAAAGUUUAACGAUCUUUGUAAUCACACUGCUUAAUUCACUGAUUGGUUCAGCUUCCAGUUGCUGGUGUUAGUCGAUUGUCUGUAGAUGCUCUCCAGGCUAGUCAUGAAAACGGAGUUCACGGGAGUUCUGCAAGGUUAAGAUUUGUAUGUCAAUUAAUGAUGCGUGAGGUUGUGAUGAUUACGAUCUCUCAAAGGACACACUGAUGGUUUCCAAACCAAACGUGCUGAAGAAGUGAAUGUAGUACUUUCUUUCUUUGUCUUUCUCAUUUUGGAUUCAUGUGAAAUAUACUGUAUAGUAAUGUAUGUUUUGGUUGGGUGUUUAAUCUUGAAUAGUAAAAUGUGGGUAACUGGAUGUUGGGGAUAUUGAAAGUACAUCAGAAGAAAUUUCUUGUUGUUAUGGGUUUAUUUUUCAUUGCUUUUGUACAGGAUUCUUACAUAUUACACAUCAGUUAAAUUGUGCUACUGUUUUAUUGAUUUUUUUAUCAGAGCCUUUGCUUUUAAGUGUGCUCUGUACAUACAUGUUAGCCAUAGUUGAGAGUGAAAGCUACAACCAUGCUGAAGCACUCAAGAACUGGCAAGUACUGAAAUUUCCAUUGAGGAAGUGGGAGGAAGCACUUUGAGUGGUGUCUUUCCUUUGUAAUGACUAUGUCAUACCAGUGAUCACAUGUGCUAUUCAGAGUUCUCAGAGCAUUUCUAACAGAUGUUUUAUAGAUACAUAUGUCAGAUUUGUAUUUUAUUGUUUUAUUCAUUCAGCCUCACAGAGCGUCUUGCUUGAGGACAUUUAGAUAAGACACAAGGCUGAUGAUGAACAAACACUGGUUCUAUUGCAGGGCUCCUCUGUCAUCUUUAGCCUAGCUCAUCCUAACGUGAUGUAUUUUAAUUCUAUCCCCUCCAGGAUCCUUUUUGGUCUUAAAUGAAAGUAAAUAUUUUGAUGACGACUUUGUAAGAUUUGUUUUGUUUGUUUUU